AUGGCAGACAGAAAAGCUGAGUCACUGCAUUCCUCCAUAGGGCUCUUGGGCAUUUCCGCAGGAUCACUCUUACUGGCAGUGCAUUUCUACAGUUUACCCAGAGCAGCCCCUCUGAUCCCCAGCACAGCUCUAGGAGUCCUUCUGUUGAUUUUAUCGUCUCUUUUGGCGUAUGCAGGAAUUCGGAGAAGCCUAAGAGAUGCCUCCCUGUUCUUGUCUCUCUGCCUGACCAUCUCAGUGUUCUGGUGUGGCUAUGGAGUGGUCUUCAUCCUGGGAGGGCAAGGAGUUUUGAAUGACACUGGUGAUUUCCGCAAUGCCCUGGUGCCUGGCCUGGUCACAUUUACUUUGGCACUACUUAUUAUUGCAGUGGUGGGCUUCCUUUGCAGAGAGGUCAUCCUAGCUAUGAUUGCUUCUGCUGUCUCACUUGCCAGUGCUCAUGAAGUUGCCAUGUGUUAUAGCACAACUUUUGGUUCCUCUGCUGUGGCUUGCAAUUAUAUGAUUGUCUGCUUGGUUGGUGGUUAUUUUGCUCUGGGAAGGAUCCUCUAUUUCCUAACCAAAGAGAAAAUUGCCCUCCCUGGCACAGAUCUGGCCAAGAAAAAGACCCGUGACCAGAUCCAAUCCACCAGUGGUGGCAUGAAUCAUUUUGCAGUCACAGGUCUGAUCCUGAACAUGCUGUCUGCCAGUGUCUUUGGCUGUAGGCUCCUGGGUGUCACUGGCAAACUAUUUAUCGGCCAGGUGCCCUGGCUGUGGGCAGCUGGGAUCUACCAGAUUGGCAUCUGCAUUUUAUCAUACCGUGCAAUGGAUGUGCUAAUGGCUACAUUCUUUGGUUUCACUUCCAUCCUGAAAUUUGCUGGAGGCUAUUGCCUUCUGUACCCAGUCUGGCAACCAGAGGAGCCAUCUUUCACUCCAUUCCUGGUGGUUUUCUCAAUUCUUUUUGCGGUCUUGGCUCUUUUUCUCACUCUUAAGAGCCCAGUGGAUGGCCUGUAUUUGCUGUUUUAUGUGGCCUACUGCAUUGCAUUAGCUUGCCGUCCCAAGGGAUUUUUUGAAGGUGGACCCCAAGGCGUGGAUGUGGCCAUCUUUGUGUCCUCAGCCUUGAUGACUCUAAUUCACCUGUACAAUGUGAAAGCAAGUGCCAAGAUCCCAACAGGGAAGGGUGCAGUGAAGGCACUACUUGCUCGCAGCAGUUUUCUGAAGCUUCGUGAAGGGGCAGACCUUCACGCUCCCUACCUAGGGUAUUCCAAGUAUGCAGAUGCAGAAGUACUUGGCUAUGCAUGCAGUGUCCUUGCUUCUUUUGCUAUAACAAUGACAGGGGACCCCCAGGCUCCACUUGCUACUGUUGUAAUUCCAUGGGUAGUGGUAGCCGGUGGGAUCCUCAAGCUUCUAGGCGGCUCAGUGGCCUUUGCCCGGGGUAAAACCUUGGAGAGCAGUGCCUUCAUUCUCUAUGCUGUCAUGUGGAUCAUCUGGGGCUUGACAAGAUAUGGUGGCCUCUAUGGCACUACCAGAAGCUUCCAUGCAGCGGUAGGCAUCAUUGCGUUCAUGCUCUUCAAUGGCUUCAUUGUCUUCUGCACACUCUUCUUAAACAUUGCCUGGUUCUUUUACUCCCUCACUUUCUUGCUCAUCGCUGUCAGCUUCUUGCUGGAUGCCAUCCAUGCUCUUCCAGCUGGUUAUGACAUUGCUGCCACUCUCAUCUUUGGUCUGGUCAGCUUUUACUGCUUCCUGUCUGCCCUUUUCAACAGCACCUUUGAGGGUUCCUGCUUACCAAUGGGUAGGCCCAUUGUGCACCUUAGUGGUGUGGGGGGAGGAAUGACCAAGUGCCUUCACCUGCCUGCCAGGAAAGCUUCCUCAGUCAAGAGAAUUGCAGAUAUCCUGAAGAAUGGAGGGACUUGCGGCAUCCCCACGGAUACUGUGUAUGUGCUUGUGGCAGCCUGUAAUCGGCCUGAUGCUGUGGAGAAAGCUCACCAGUCCAAGCACCAGGCUCAGGAUCGCCCCAUGUCACUCUGGAUUUCUAGCCUAAAGCAACUGGAACCUGCAAAGCAUUUGUUCUCUCCCCUCCUCUGGGACUUCAUGGAGGCUGCCUGGCCAUCUCCUAUUAGCUUGGUGGUUCCCAGAGGUGAAUGGGUGGACUUCCUGGGAAUGAAGGACUCCGCUAAAUACGUCGGUACCCCUCAGAGCAUCGCCAUCCGCAUCCCCGACUGCUCUGUCACCACACACCUCAUCGACUUGGUUGGCCCCAUUGUGGUCACAUCAGCUAACCCAACGGGAGAGGCAGACACAACACACCACAACCAGGUGUAUGCCAAGCUGGGAGAUAAGGUGGAUGCAGUUCUUUGUGAUGGGCCUUCUCCAGAGAACAUUGCCUCCACCGUUGUGGACUGCACCAAAAUCGACAGUGGAAACAUAGGAUUCUUCAGAGUCGGUAUCAUCCCCAAGUCUCAGGUGCUGCAGAUAUUGGAGCAGGUGCAGAAGAAACAGACAUUGGUUCCUAACAGUGGCACCACAAAAGGCCAGGAAGAACGUCUGAAUCAUAGCCAUGCUGUGCACAACGGGGUGGGCAUAGCUGCCUCACAAGAAACAGUGCCGGUGCAGUCCACCGAUGACGGCUGCGAGAAUCGCACUCGCCUCUGA